ACAAAGAUGGCGGAGGAAGCGUCUUAGCGAUUUAGGCGGCGUUUGAAUAAUGUCUUUGUGUGCUUGGAGAGAGACAGAACAAGUAUUUUGUUUGUUCUGAAGAGGCUGGAGAUACCAUGAAGCUCCUAAAACCGCCUUGGAUCAACCAUGAUGGUGACAAAGCAAUCUUCAGUGUUGAUCUGCAUCCUGAUGGUUCAAGAUUUGCGACAGGUGGACAAGGACAGGAUUCCUCUGGAAGGGUUGUGGUGUGGAACCUGAAACCAGUUGCUCAAGAGAAAUAUGAGGAUGAUGAGAAGGUACCGAAGUUGUUGUGUAUGCUAGACCAGCACUUGGGAUGUGUGAAUUGUGUGAGGUGGUCUCAGAGUGGCCGUUUCUUGGCUUCAGCUGGAGACGAUAAAGUUAUUAUCAUCUGGCAGCAGAGCAGUUAUGGAGGUGGAGCUGUAUUUGGUUCAAAUGUUGUGAAUGUUGAAUCCUGGCGAAGUGUCACAACACUAAGAGGCCACAACGGAGAUAUCCUGGAUGUGGCUUGGUCUCCGGGGGAUGUUUGGCUAGCAUCUGCCUCAGUAGACAAUAAUGUUAUUGUAUGGAAUACUGCAAAAUGGCCAGAACAAGUGCAGAUUCUUCGUGGGCAUACAGGAUUGGUGAAAGGUGUUACCUGGGAUCCUCUUGGUCGUUACUUAGCAUCCCAGGCAGAUGAUAAAAGUCUGCGGAUAUGGCGAACAACUGACUGGACCAUAGAAGAAAAAAUAAUAGACCCUUUCAUUGAGUGUGGUGGCACAACAACAGUCCUUCGGCCAAGCUGGUCACCCGAUGGUCAGUAUCUGGUGUCCGCACAUGCAAUGAACAACGGAGGUCCUACUGCACGGAUUGUGGAAAGAGAUGGAUGGAACACUGACAAGGAUUUUGUUGGCCAUCGUAAACCCAUCACUUGCGUGAGGUUUAAUCCAAAUAUCUUGGAGAAAGCUGAUCCAAAGACAGGGAAGUCUGUGCAGUACUGUUGUGUGGCAAUUGGCUCCAGGGAUCGCUCAAUCUCCAUUUGGUUCACGUCAUUGAAGAGACCUUUGGUGGUGAUUCAUGACAUAUUUGAUGACUCUGUCCUGGAUCUUUCAUGGAGUAGUUGUGGCAAGUAUCUCAUGGCGGUGUCAAAAGAUGGUUCCUUGGCCUUCAUUAACUUCUCCUCGGAUGAGAUUGGCCGUCCACUUUGUGAGGAUGAAACUAAUAACCUUCACAUGAAGUUGUAUGGCAAAACAGUAUUGACAUCAGCUUCAUUAGCCAACCCAACCAUCAUUGAGAAUCCAGAGUUCCUUCGUUUACGGGAGGAAGAAAAGGAGAAAGCAAAAGAAGCAAACAGUGAACAGAGUAGACGGCCAGCGCCCCCCACCCCACAGAGAGCACCAAUCAACAAACAGAUUGAGACGAGGACAGCAGACGGGAAAAGAAGAAUCACACCAAUGUUUAUUCCUCCAGCAGAAGGUUGCAGGACUGAAAAUCCAAACAAAUCUUACGAAGCCAGCUUUUCAUCCAGUCAACAAGAGAAGAGCAAGAUUGUGGUUGAGAAGGUGGAUGGCGUAGUCGAGCCCAACGUCACCAGUCGACCCCCUCUGGCUUUCAAUUCAAACACUAGCACAUCCCCCAGUAAGGGAGCAUCGGCUCCUCUCCCUGCGGAAUUCAAUGGGGUUCCUGCAGGUCUGCCAGCUAGAUUUGAGAAAUCGACCAAUGGUUCAGAAAAACAUAUGGAUGGACAGAUCACAACAAUCUCAACUAAGCGCAAGCACGAAGAUGCCCAGCCAAUUAUGCCCAAGCGGAAACGUGGCAGACCUCCCUUGUAUGAAAGAGCCACAGCUCCACCGCCAAAUCGUGUUCCCACUCCGCCUCCUGCACAGCCAGUGGUAUCCUCAAGACCGCAGGCUGUUGCACAUACACAGGGAGAGCCUUUAAAUGUUCUACCCGAAGCAUCACUCUCUAAGUCAGCUAGAGUUCAGAUUCCCGGAGAGAAUUCAACAGACGGCCCUCCUCCACUUCUGAUUGUAGAAAAUGAUUAUCGAAUUGGAAAUCGUGUUGGUAUGGGUGGUCGUACACCAAGUCUGCACAGAGUUAGCAGAACACAGCAAAAUGUUGUGAGUUGGGUAGCUUACCUUACAUCACAAGUCACUGCAGUUGUAGCUACCACAGAUGCUGCUGCACUGACCUGUCAGGACAAAUCGCUUCACAUUUUUUAUAUAAAGACAGGGGAAAUGAUGUUACCCCCAGUGCAGCUUCAAGGAAAGGCAUCACAGCUUUUUGUCCAUGAGAACUGCUUGAUGGUUAUUACAACUGAAGCUACCCUUACAAUCUGGGACAUCAACAAGAAGAAGCGAAUUCUCUCAGAGACCAUUCGACAUUUAGUCGAAGGACGUAAUGGAGGAGUGAAGGCUGUCCAGCUCACUGCUGAAGGCACGCCAGUUGUACUGCUCGCAUCAGGAGAAGCCUUCACCAGAUGCCAUGACCUGGAGGCUUGGCUUUUGUUAGGUGAUUCUGCCAGUGUACGGCGAGUCCUGCAGCCAGAGUACACAAUGUUGCCUCCUUGUCAUCAGAGUGAAUAUAAAGCAAGACCUCUUGCCAGCCUCUUGCAUCAGACUGCUGCCUAUUCUGGUUCUUCAAGAGUGACAAGACCUCUGAUCCCAGAUGAUGCCAAGCAGAACUUGACUGAGGUCUUCAUCAACCGUAUGCUGACAUCUGCACAGUAUCUCAGAGCAGCCCAGGAUUACAAAUUUUGGUUGAAACGGAAAAUUCAGUUCUUCAUAAAAGAGGGGCUUGAAAAGAAAUUGCGAGAUGUGUUUGAUGACCUCCUGGGGCCGAGACAUAGUGGAUCUAUGGACAAUCAAGAUCAAAAUGGAUGGAUUCCCAAGAUCAUGGACUUUGAUAAGAAGAGUCUACUCGAAGAGUUCCUUCGAGAGAUCCUGCUGGCCGAGAACUCCUUGCAGCUACAGAGGCUGUAUUCUGAGUAUAAGGAACAACUGGAGGGCAACCUUAUAGACACUAUUUAAUGUAGUACAUUUGGGCAUACAAUUUUAAUAUAAUACUGAUAUUUCUGGAAGUACUGGAAUCUUUAUCUCAUGACCAAUAUCUUGAAUUUAGAUGCUAUUUCUGCUUAUAUGUCUUUAGUUGAAUUUUAGCUGUGGAUUUUGGCAUUAUGAGUUGUAGAAAGAAAUGAAGGCUGACUUUUUUAUCAGUAUCAUGACAAAUGUGAAAUUGAUCUUCCUGAAUAAUUGAGAACCCAGAAUCAUGACAUAAACUUGAGGUAAUUAGAUAAAUAACCACGUGUGAAGUCAACCUCAUUAACUCUACUCCUUUUUCAAAACAGUCCCUGCCUUUUGUAUUAAUAUCGUAUUUUAGGGUUUUGUGCAUAGUGUCCACAUGUGAUGAUAUUAAUAAUAAGACUGGCGAUUAGAAAGUAGCCAUUGCUAUAUAAUAUACAUAUUUAAAACUAGUAAAGAACAUGAACUAGCAAUAAGCCAGCUUAGUUCAUGUCUUACUCUAUUAUGCAUAUGUAUAACUAUAAUUGAUGUUAUUCAAGACAAAGAUCACUGCCAGUGACAUCUCUUGCCUUAAACAAGUUUUUAAACUCAAUAAUACUGGCUUUGUUUAUAUUGAGCCAGAUAUUAUAAGGUUGGCUCCGACUACUCAACUGCCAGAAGAAUUGUUUCCACUCACUGCCAGAUCAUACAUAUAUAUAUAUAUAUACAUA